AUGCAGUACCAAACACUAGAGCUCCAACUCUGCCAAAUCAGCCUGUUAGAUAAUAAACAAGCCUCCACGCCAUCCGAUGGCUUCUUAUUAGUCUCAAGAACUGACACGCUUUGCCAUGGUCUCGCAGCCGCAAAACGCUUCGUCGACUUCUACUUUACCCUACCUCCCACUAUCGAAAAGAGCUACAGUUACGUCCACUGGUUACAAACCGGGUUCGUUGUGGCAGCGGCAUGUAAGCUGGUCAUUGUGUCCCUGGAUCCCUCGCUGCGUUACAAUGUUCAUGUUCAGGAACUGCGAGAGGCGCUUGAUCUGCCCAGAGUGAUGGGUUUCUAUGUUGGCAGGCUUCAGGAUGUGGCGAAGACGUGUAAGAACGGGGAGUUUGCGCAUUAUCAGAACUGGCUUGUUGCUGCCUCGGUUUGGUUUGAGAAGACUUAUCAGGCUGCUAGCGCGGAGGUUUCAAGGACUAAUGUUGAGAUGUCGAUGCAGGGGUUGGACUUUUCGGAUCCUAAUCUACUCGGGCUAGAUUUGGAUCUGACGAUUGAGGAGUUGAUGACUGGCUGGAUGGGACCAUUGAGUAUGGGUAUGGAUAUCCGGUGA